UACCCACGUGGACUGGAAGGUUGAGCUGAAUAUGAAUGAUGAUCUCAAGAACUAUGCAAGCAUUGCUGAAGGAGAAGCCUCUCUAUUGUGCUGUGGUGAACAAGUUUGCAGAGCCAGAGGCAACUCAAUAUCUACACAAUCAUGGAUGCAAGCCAAUCAAUGGACUCCCUCUGCCUUGCUUUGUCAACGACCCACCGAACACACCCCUGCCCCCUUCCCCACAAACUACAAACAAGCUAUUGUACUAUUACACGCUGGAUAUUGCUUCUCUGUUCCCUAUACUAGCGCUGGGCCCUCAUCCACACAGCAAUGUGCUUGACAUGUGUGCUGCACCCGGUGGCAAGUCGUUUGCACUUAUUCAGCUCCUCUCACUACAAAACAGCAAAUUGGGAGGCACUCUCGCUCUAAAUGAUGUUAGUCACAGCAGACUUACUCGACUUAAAGACGUCAUAUUUUCUAAAUGUCUCCCAAGUAGCCUGAGGCACUCUGUGAGGAUCACCAAUAGGAGAGGUGAAGACUGGGGUAGAACUGGAGAGAGAGACUACCAGUGCGUGCUAGUUGAUGCUCCUUGCUCAUCAGACAGACAUCAGAUAAAACAGUGGAUCGAAAAGGGCAGGAUGUAUCCAAACACCAAUGAACUGAGCAAACUGCAAGAGAAACUGUUGUUGGCAGCAUUAUAUGCAACAGAAUCUGGUGGAACUGUGGUGUACUCUACUUGUACACUGUCCACUAUUGAAAAUGAUGGAGUCAUUCAGCGAACUCUCGAUGUUGCAAGAGAGCAUGGACUAUAUUUCAAAUUGAACUCUGAUAUCUCCAUGUUCACACCAUUGCUUCAGUUGUGUUCUUAUGUGUCUACUGAUUAUGGCGUAUUGAUUACUCCCACUGGGAAUACUAAUUGUGGCCCCAUGUAUGUCAGCAAAUUGCAAAAUUAAUACCAUAUUAUAAUGAUAUUUAAAAAAAGAUUUAUGAAAGAAAA